CUAAAGAACUAUAGAGCCACAAAUAAUAGCACAAGCAGAGUCUAUAUCUUGCAAGUCUUACGUUAUCCUUUAAGCCUCCUUCAGCUAACACAACAACAAUUUUUUUUUUGCACUUAAUGACGCUUAAUUUCAUUUCUUAUCGGGUCCUUCGGGGGGAUUAUUCAUUCAUAUAAAACAAUCUGCAGCUGGUGCCAUCCUAAAGUCUCCCUCCUAUGAGUGAAGUCAUCUAUUAUUGAGCGAAAGGCCGUGCGUGGAAAUGUGUGUAAGACGGUGGAUUUGAAGUAGAAUUGGUCGCAAUCGAUCAAGGGUGAAGAAUAUUUCUGAUGGUAACAAAAGAAGCAGCUAUGUCUUUCUCGCAAUUUGGAUACCCUUACAAUGCAUCUUCACAGUUUUUCGUGUCGGCAAACCCCAGUACGACUUGCUGCGAUUCGAUUUCCAGGUCGGUCUCUGAUGGGACAGGCGGCUCCCAGACCGCCGCCGCCGCCGCUGCCGCCGCCGCCGCCGCCGCCGCCUCCUUCUGCUGCCCGUCCUACGAGAACCGACUCCUGGCGAGCAGCCGGACGGAGCUGAACGCGGCGCUGGGGAUGUACGGCUCGCCAUACGCCGCGGCGGCUGCCGCCAGCCAGAACUACGCCAACUACUUCCCCUACAGCACCGACCCAUCCGCUAUCUACUCCACUCUGAAUCCACAGUAUGACAUCAAGGACAGCACAGGCACUUUACACUCCGGCAUCACUCAAACCGCUGCAUACUAUCCUUACGACCAUUCACUGGGACAGUAUCAAUACGACAGAUACGGCACAGUAGACUUUAACGGCACAGCCAGGAGAAAGAACGCAACUCGUGAAACCACCAGCACCCUCAAAACAUGGUUGUAUGAGCACCGCAAGAACCCCUACCCCACCAAGGGAGAGAAGAUCAUGCUGGCCAUCAUCACAAAAAUGACCCUCACCCAGGUGUCCACCUGGUUCGCCAACGCCAGGAGGAGACUAAAGAAGGAGAACAAGAUGACCUGGUCGCCAAAGAAUAAGGCCAACGACGACAGGAAGGAUGACUUUAACAAGAGCGACCAAGACGGCGUCACCAAAGACUCUAGUGAUUGCAAGGAGGAGAAGGAUCUGCAUCUAAGUGAUCUGGAGGACAUGGACGACGACGACUGUGACAAGUUGGACAGUGACUGUGAAAAGGCGGCUGCAGACGAGCAGGCCCUCCACAGGGUCAUGGCAGUAUCCGGAGCACCUCAAAAGAGAGACUGCGGCUCUGAGCUGCACCUGAGUUUAACCAACAGCUUCCACACAUUCCCCUGCACUCUCAAAAGUGUCGCCAGCCUCUCCCCUCUCCCGUCCGACUUCCUGGACCCCGCGGUGUCCAAGGCACCGUCUUCGACCGGCCCCGCGGGAACUGUGUCCCUGUCUCACUUCGAGGGAUCAGACAAGCCUCGGAUUUGGUCUCUGGCUCGCACGGCGGCUUCGGGGGUCAUACUGAGCCAUCAGCAGCACGGCUCGGAGCUCAGGACAGGCAACUCAACCGGGGACUGCCAGCUCCAGGGCCCCAGCAUUACUGGACAGUGUGGGGGCAUCAGAGGCCUCCAUGAAUCCAGUGUCCCCAGUGCUGAGAACCCAUUCCCCGAUGGCCUAUCCUUGCACUCAAAAGUCUAUGGCACCGGCAGCUACAUUCACAAGGACCUCCAACUGCACUGCCCGUCCUACGCUGCCCUUCCAGACGCAUGUCAGUACUCCACUAUUGAAGGAUUCUCUGGUGGCAAAGAAGAGGCACAGUCAUCUGACCUCAGAGAAGCCUGCGGGAUCGUGCAGGAUGACAAGGUCACAGCGUUCAGACCAGUGAUGAAGAGGUGAAGCAGAUUCCGGGAAACUGUACCACAAUAAGGAAUGGGACAUGUAUUAUGCACUAAAGGAAGACUACAUGGGAGCUACCUGAUGCUGCAGUGAGAGGCUGUCAAACUGUGGACGUGGCUAUCAUUUUGCACAACUUUGUUUUUAUGGUGUAAAUGACUUUAUGCAAAAGUUCUAGAUGCAAAGGUAUGAAAAAGGCCAAAUUAAAAUGGCAAAAUUUGUGUAUGGCAAUCGUGUAGUGUAGCAAACUUAUUUAUUUCUCUGUGUAUUUAUUAUUUUGUUACGUUGCCUGUUUGUUUAUUAUCUGAGGUGUUUAUUGGUUGAAUUCGUGUCUGUUCUGAGUGUAUUGUUACAUGUUGCGUUUUACUGUGGCUUCGUUUUAUUUUGCCUGAAGUAAAAAAGGAGCAGGUCUUUGGACAUUCAGCUGACCGUAAAAAGGACCGGAUUCCCUGUGUUGUUAAAAUGUGAGGUUCUUCCGUGUUUGCCUAUCAUGUGUUUUUUUUUUUCUUUUCUAAGAAUACAAUUUUUUUUCUCCAAGAGUUUUCCUUGUCUGUGUCAUGGUUUUUCAUUAAUUAAAAGCCAAUUGUUCAAUUUAAAACAUUUGCAGAUGUGCAAUUGAUCAAAGUUCGUCGUCCUGACUCGACGCCGAAGGCCACAGUGCUGACGCAGGGUCAUAAUUCAGAGGAUUUAGAACGUGAGUGAAAUCCACAAGUUGCGGAAGAAAGGGGACAUCACCCCCCCUAUUGUUAGCAUCUAAUCCAAAGUGGCACCGAACACUUUGUUACUGUUCAGAGCAAGCAGCGAGGCAGGGACAUAGAAUGAAUGCUGCUUUGUCCCCUUGCAGCGAGCCCACUGCACUAACUUAACAUUGUGUUAAUUAAAAGGUCAUUUGCAGGAUCAAACCCGGCAGAGAAAUUCACAUGGUCCAUCAAAGCGCCUUUUGUUUGGCCUGUUUUGGCACGCACUCGUUAUGUUGGUGACUCUCCUUACAAACAGCUGUAAUAAGAUGAUCACUUUAGUCCUCUUGAUGUCCUCCGACGGGUUUAAGAACUUUUGAAACGAAGCAGUUUUAAAACAAACGACGGGAGUCAGCUGUAUAAACUUGAAUGAAGGUUUGAAUAUUGAUUUUCACUAACUAUUCCACUGCAAAAAAAUGUUGUCAUCAUUUUGUCCUUGUGUGUCAAUCUGAUAUUUAAUAAAUCUGGGUGAGGCUGAAAGGAAAAAACAAGUACAAUCUUUAUAAAUGUACAGCCUGUGUGAUGUCAAAGGUUUGCAUCUCUAUAAUAAA